AUGGCCUCCAUAGCGGACGAGAAAGGGGUUUCCGAAAAUCCCCUGUCCAGUCCAGCGCUGUCGUUAAAGAUGAAGCAAAAUAGAACUGGCGAUGCAGUGCCGGGUGAAGUUGCUCCCAUCAAAGUUAAAGCCUUGGUCAAGAAAGUUGAUAGGUUCAUUAUCCCUUUCAUCGUUCUUCUCUACCUUUUCAGCUUUUUGGAUCGAGUGAAUAUCGGUAAUGCACGACUCUACAGCAUGGAGUCGGACCUGGGCCUUACUGGCAAUCAGUUCCAGAUCGCAGUAUCGAUUCUGUUCAUUCCCUACUGUCUGUUGGAAGUCCCAUCCAAUCUUGUUCUCCGAAAAUUCACAGCCUCGCGCUACCUCUCCUUCAUCUCCACGUCAUGGGGAAUCAUUGCUACAUUGACAGGCAUUGUUCAAAACUUCGCCGGCUUGGUAGUUUGUCGCUUUCUUCUUGGAUGCGUGGAGGCAGGUCUGUUUCCAGGCUUGGUUGCGUACAUGACCCUGUUCUACGGGAAACGUGAGAUAGCCCUGCGGAUCGGCUAUCUAUUUAGCGCUGCUGCGCUUGCCGGAGCAUGUGGUGGACUUCUCGCCUACGGUAUUGGUUUCAUGGAUGGGAUUUCCGGCCUGAAGGGGUGGCGCUGGAUCUUGAUCAUCGAGGGUAUUCCUUCCGUGCUCCUUGGUGUGGCGACUUGGUUUUGUCUCGCUGAUGAUCCUGACACCGCAUACUACCUCAAUGCGGAGGAAAAAGAACUAAUGAGGGCCCGUCGCAGUCUGGAAAUCGGCCAGACUGAUUCGGCGCAACAAUUUCAUGUCAAAGAUGCGAAAGAGGGCGCAAAGGACUGGACCAUCUGGCUCAUGUGCCUUAGUCAGUUUGGCGUUGACACCAUGCUAUAUGGUUACAGCACUUUCCUCCCCACCAUCAUUAAGGGUAUCGGCACUUGGAGCGUCCCCCAAGUUCAGGCACUCACUAUCCCUUGCUAUGCCGUGGGCGCGAUCACUUACCUCGUCGUUGCCUGGUUCAGCGAUCGGAUGCAGCGACGCGCGGUCUUUACGGUUGUAUUCUGUUGCAUUGCCAUUGUUGGCUAUGGGGUUUUGAUGUCUGACAAUGGAGCUGGCGUACAUUACUUCGGUUGUUUCCUUGUCGCCGUUGGUUUGUAUGUCUGCGUCGGCCUGCCGCUCGCAUGGCUGCCGACGAACCUGCCACGGUUUGGCAAAAGAACUUUUGCGACCGGCCUCCAGCUCACCCUAGGAAAUGUCAGUGGCAUCAUGACGCCGUUCUUAUACCAAAGCAGGGACGGUCCGCGCUAUCUGACCGGUCAUGGCGUCACGCUAGCGCUUACAGGAUUUUCAGCACUUAUCUAUACGUUCAUGUGGUUUCAUUAUAGGCAAAUCAAUAAGGAGCGGGCGGCGGGCAAGAUGGAUCAUACAAUUGAGGGAAUGACAGAGGAAGAGAUCGCGGAGAUGGGUGAUCGGAAUCCCAGGUUCCGCUACACUACCUAG